AUGGGGUUCUCCGAGUUGCUCCACACCAUCGGUGGUAUGGGGAACUUCCAAAUCCUUCAAACUGUUCUCAUGAUGUUCCCUGCCAUCCUGAUCGCCUGUCACAGCUUCCUGCAGAACUUCACUGCCAUGACCCCAAAACAUCACUGCCGGCCAGCCAACUGGACCAACGGGUCCCAUGUCCCGGGUGGUGUCGGGGAUGGGGACUUGCUGCAAGUCUUCAUCCCACUGGACAAGGACCAGAAGCCUGAGCAGUGCCUGAGGUUCUCUGAGCCCCACUGGCAGAUCUUAAACCACAAUGGCACCUUGUCUUUGAGCUUGGACACCGAGGCCUGCCUGGAUGGGUGGGUGUAUGACCAGACUGUUGCCUCCUCAAUUGUUUCUGAGUGGGACCUGGUGUGCGAGCACAAGUCACUGAAGUCCAUUGCCCAGUCCAUAUACAUGACGGGACAGCUGGUUGGAGCUACUGCCUUUGGCAUCUUCUCUGACAGGGACCAGAAGCCACACUCAGAUGCCAAUUACAGCCCCAUCUGGAGACAGCUAUACUUUAACAAGGAACAGAGCCAAGAGCCUGGCCUCCCUGUCUAUCCUGGCUGCAGCUGUGGGCGCAAGACGGCGCUGCAGAGCGGGACCCUGCUGAUGAUCAUCAUGGGCACCAGCGCCGCUUUCGCUCCCAACUUCCCCGCCUACUGCGUGCUCCGCUUCCUCAGUGGGGUGGCAAUGACCGGCAUCAUUAUCACCAGCCUCUGCCUCGCCAUGGAGUGGACCCCAACGCAGAGUCGGAUGCUGGUCAAUAUCUACACCAUGUAUAUGAUCACGCUGGGCCAGGUGGUCCUCACGGGCCUGGCCUACCUCAUCCACCAGUGGCGCUGGCUACAGGGCACCGUUUCUGUCGCCUACGUGAUUAUUCUUCUCUACUCCUGGGGCCUGCCAGAAUCCGCUUGCUGGCUCAUCACUCACAACAAACCUGACAAGGCUGUGAAAAAUCUGCAGGCUGUGGCAAGAUUAAAUGGCAAAAAGGAGCAGGGAAGGAAACUCACUCCAGAGGUUGUAAGGAUCCACAUGCAGGAGGACACAGCUGCUGUGAAGGAGUCCCCAUUCUUCCUAGAUCUCUUCCGCACUCCGGGACUCUGCAGGGUGACUUGCUGUAUCACCCUGGGAUGGUUUUCCACAGGCUUUUCUUUCUAUGGGCUGGGUUUAGAUGUGCAGAAAUUUGGGUUCAACAUCUACUGGACACAAGUGCUGUUUACAGUGGUGGAUAUCCCCACAAAGCUGCUGACAGGCCUGAGUAUGGCCUACGUUGGCCGCCGAAUCACCACCGUCUCCCUGCUGCUGGUGGCCGGUUGCAUGAUCCUUAUCACUGCAUUUCUUCCUCAAGACAUGAAUACCUUUCAGAUGAUCCUCUGUUUACUUGGAAAAGGGAGCCUGGCUGGCUGUUUUAGUUGUCUCUACCUAUACACCAUGGAGCUCUUCCCAACAGAAGUCAGGCAGAUAGGGAUGAGUGCCGGAAUCUUCAGCACACGCCUGGGCUCCCUCUUGUCCCCCCUGGUCUACAUCUUAGGCAAUCAUAGCCCACUGCUACAGCCUGUGAUAUUUGGCCUGGUCCCUAUCCUGGCGGCUGCAGCAGGCUCCUUCCUGAUGGAGACGAAUAACCAGCCAUUGCUGAACACCAUCCAGGAGACAGAGAAGAGAAUAAAGAUGGUUCAUGACAAGCAAAGAAACGUCAGUGAAAAUACCACCAAGAAUGGAUUGGUCACACUUCUUCCAGAAAAGACAAAAGUAGAAUGCACAGUGUGAUUUCUUUGGACCCACACCUAUAUUCUGAAUGGCCCUUGCUCUCUUCACAACUUUCUCACAUUUUGAAAUGUGAAGGAUCUUGCCAAGGAAAUGCUGUGGCACCUCACUUGACCGUCUACUGGAAAAAGCAAUGAUAGUGCUGUGAUAUGGAAAUAUUAUAAGGCAGAUGAGUCAUUCAACUUAUAGACCAACUGAGAAAAGACAUGUAUUGGACAAUCAGGGACAUUUGAAUAGGAAGAAUGAGCUUUAAAUAAAUAUUAAGGGAUCUGUUGAUUUUGUGAAGUUGGCAGUGGCAUUAGGUUAUAUAAGCCAAUGUCCCUUCUUAAAAAAGAAAAAAGAUGUUAAGUUGAAGUAUUUAGGAAUGAAAUGAAACAUUGGGAAUUUGCUUUAAAAUACUAGAAAAGUGCACAGAGUGAGUGCCAGGCUUGAAGCAGGGGGUUCGUUGUACCUCCUACCUUUGGAUGUGUUUGGAAAUUUUUAUGAUAGAAGUAUUUUUCAAGCCCAGCAGAUUUUUUCUACAGUUAAUGUAAAAUGAUGACUUGAUGGCUAAAAACAUCUCCCAGGCUGCCUCCCCAAGGGUUUUGUCUCCUCUGUGGUGGCUCUUGUCAGACCAUGUAGCCCUUAGUAGCCACAGGUCAAGGCCACGUCCUGUACUGCCUGUGGACAACCCAACCAGCACUGAUGUGCAGCCCAGGGCCAGCUGCAGCCACCUGCCCAGAUCACAGGCUGGAUGCCUGAGACUACAAAAGGCCAAGAACCGAGCAGAGCUUCCAAUGGCAAGUGGUGGAUAGGUGUGUCCACGAUAUGGAUCCGAGUGCAAUUGACAUAGCACCCCUCGCUAGUUACUGAUAUUGCUCCUAUGUUUGGUAAUGGCCAUUUUGAUAUAUAAGGACAUAUGCUUGAGACCAUGACCAGAAAGCCCCCACAGGGCUACUGUACGGAGAAGAGCCCGAAUUUCUGAAAAGUCACAGAGUCCCUUUGUUAUCACUGAGGUUCUCUGUUCAGCAUGGACAUGUAAAUGUAUAUAUUUUUUUCUACACCUAAAUUUCUCUAACAUAGAAGACAUAUCAAAUUAUUGCUGUGUUCAUGUUUUGUUACUAGCAUCUGAUCUAACGAUGUUAAAAUAGAAUACAAUAAAUUUCGUU